AUGGCCUACACCGGGGCCGACUUUGCCGACAGGGUCAUGGCCGGACUGUCUGGUGAGAAGGGCGUUGUCGAGUGCACUUUCGUGGAGCAGUCCGUGGUUCCUGAGGCCAAGUUCUUCGCGCUGCCAGUGACUCUUGGGAAGGAGGGAGUCGAGACCGUUCAUUCCUACGGCACCGUGAGCGACUACGAGAAGAAGCUCAUCAGCGACAUGAUGCCGGAUCUGGUCGCGCAGGCAGAGAAGGGCUUCAAGUUUGCCGCCGAAUCUAAGUGA